AUGUCUUCGAAGAAGUCAGUGGUUCCAGGUGUUGACAAAGUCAAAAGGCGUACGAGAGCGGCAUGUUCAAGAUGCAGUAUUCAAAAGAUCAAAUGCCAAGGGGACACACCACCGUGUAGGGCAUGCGUGUUGUCCAACCACGAAAGCGCAUGCUCGUUCCCUUUGAGACCACGCAAGAUUGUUAUAUUCGAUGCGGAUUUAAAGAAGCUAGAGGAGCGAAUCAAGGAUCUCGAGUCUGAGUGCUCGCGCUUAAGAAGUAUCGCAGCUUUAUCUACCAGUGGAGUACGCGAGCAAGUGGAAACCGCGCUAGAGCCACCUGAGGAACUGGCAUCUAGCCCGAACAGUGGUAACGUUUUGAAAGUCGAUCCAAGCUUGGUUCAAAACUCUUCAUGUCAGGCUUUCGCUGGUGCACUACAACGGCGUUUUCACAAGAUCGUACCUCGCCAAGCCAUUUCUACCUUUCAGACCAGUUCAACUGAAGCUGCUAUAGCGAAGGCCAAUGAACAGGAUAAAAAGCAUGUGCAUUUGGAUGACAAGGCACUGGAGCGCCCGACUUUGGACCAAUUCCCAAGUCUGCCUGAUAAGAAGUACGCAAUUAAAAUGGUGCGUAUGGCUCAUCAAUACUUUGCAAAGGAGUUUGGUUUGUUUUCAUUGAACGAAUUCGAAACCCGGCUAGAAGAAACUUACACCAAUUACAGGAAUCAGAAGCCGAGUUGGUUAGCCUACCUCAUGAUUACUUUUGCCGUUGGGGAACAAUUCAUCAACGAGGCAGGAGAAAAGUACAAUGUACCUGGCAUGGCCUUUUUUCUCUGUGCUUUGAAAUGUUUCCAUGAGCCUAUCGAGGAGCCUAACUUAGACUCUGUUCGGACUUUGAUUUUGAUCGCAUUUUACUCUCAGGGACUUAAUCGAAUGAAUGCAGUGUAUGCGUAUACGGGACUCGCUCUCUCCACUGCAGUAGCACAAGGUAUUCAUCGGCGGGCCAAUAACGCUCAGCUUUCACCAGCAGAGCAAGAGGCUAGAAAAAGAAUAUGGUGGACUGCAUUUCUGAUGGAUAGUUUAUGGGCUUCAAGACUUGGUUUACUUCCUCACUUCAACUCCAGUGAUAUAGAUAUUGAUCUGCCAAGCGGCGAUCUGCAUUCGCUAGACAAAUUCAAUCCAAAAUUCCUGGUGGCUAAUGCAAAACUCGCGCUCCGUAUCGGUCUUAUUACGCGAGAAGUAUACGGGUCCAAUGAAGCCAACUUUGUUACUAAUGUUCUUUCAAACUUGAAGAGCCUUGAAGAUUACUUGAGCGAUCUUGAACCGGAUCUAAGAGAGCCACCUCGAACGAUGGAAAAUAAUCGCUCCUCUGCCAAUUUACAUCUCCGUUACAAUCAACUGAUUAUUGUGACCGUACGCCCACUUUACUUUUCACUCUGGAAAAACUCAGGAGACCAACAGACUAAGGCGAUGGAAGAGGCGACUUUGAAAUGUGUAAAAGCUGCAGAAACCAAUGUCAAAUUAUUACUUCUACUUCUCAAAUCCGGAUGGUUUUCAACGUUCGGAUUUCUUGAAGCUCAGUGCUGCUUUUCAUCCAUCCUUGUCCUUCUCAUGGCGAUCACAGAGGGCAAAAGUUGUCCUGAAUUACGAACAGCUAUUUCUUUGAACGACUAUAUGUGUGAAGCUGGUAAUGUUACUGCAGUAGAUAACUACUGUCGUCUCAAGGCCUUCGGUGAUGUAGUACCGGAGCUUACAAGUGUAGAUCGACCCAGAAAGAAGCUGCGUUCUGGUAGUGGAAGUAGCGCUACAUCGGAACGUCCAAUAUAUUUUGUAGCUGAGACAGGCCUAAGUACAGACAUGGAUCCAUUGGAUGCUUUAAGUUCUGAUUUUCGGCCCCUCGAUACCAGCUUCAAUUAG